CCCACGCUACACAAGAUGUGCAAAGGACUUGCAGGUCUGCCAGCUUCUUGCUUGAGGAGUGCAAAAGAUAUGAAACAUCGGCUAGGUUUCCUGCUGCAGAAGUCUGAUUCCUGUGAACAUAAUUCUUCCCACAGCAAGAAGGACAAAGUGGUGAUUUGUCAGAGAGUGAGCCAAGAGGAAGUCAAAAAAUGGGCUGAAUCAUUGGAAAACCUGAUUAGUCAUGAAUGUGGGCUGGCAGCUUUCAAAGCCUUUUUGAAGUCUGAAUACAGUGAGGAGAACAUCGACUUCUGGAUAAGCUGUGAAGAGUAUAAGAAAAUCAAAUCACCUUCUAAACUAAGUCCCAAGGCCAAAAAGAUCUACAAUGAAUUCAUCUCGGUCCAGGCAACCAAAGAGGUAAACCUGGACUCUUGCACCAGGGAGGAGACAAGCCGGAACAUGCUGGAGCCCACGAUAACCUGCUUCGAUGAGGCUCAGAAGAAGAUUUUCAACCUGAUGGAGAAGGAUUCAUAUCGCCGCUUCCUCAAGUCCCGAUUCUACCUUGAUUUGGCCAACCUUUCCAGCUGUGGGUCAGAGAAGCAGAAAGGAGCCAAGAGUUCUACAGACUGUCCUUCCCUGGUCCCCCAGUGUGCCUAAUUCUCGCUCAGUGGUGGAGGCUGAAAUGCCAAGACUCUAUGCCUGGAAAACCUGAGGCCAAAUAUCGAUCUGCAUUAAGCACCAGUGCUUUCUCCACAUUGUAGCCUAGUGUUCAUGCUGCUGGCUAGGUGUGA